UACAUUAAUAUGGUCACCCUAGCUUUUGUCAUGUUACCCGCAUCAGGUAGACAGUGAUCUUUCAUUUAUUUAUUGAUUUAUUUGAUUAAAAAUCCAAUAUUACAUUACUUUCAUAUCGUGAUACGUGGAUUACGUUACUGAUUGCAUUUUUUAUGAAGUAAUAUCUAACUGUAAUGGAAUACAUUUUUAAAGUAACCCUCCCAACCCUGGUCAUUACUAAUGUAUAUGGCCCAAGUUUAGACACACACAGACACUGUCCAGAUAAUAUCAGAAAAGCAAAUUGUAAAAAUUUAAUGGUGGGAAAUGUAGAUGGAAUACUUAUUUACAUCCAUUUAAAGGCACAACUACUGGAUUUACACUAAGAAGCUGACGAUCUUAUUGUUGCCUUAUCAUGCAGAGAAAAGCAGAUUGGGGAGUGAAAGCCUGCAGUGACGUCACUGCCAAGGAGGACUCCUCCCCUCUACCUGAUCUGGAGUAUAAAGGAUACUUGUUUAGCAAAGGAACCACAUCACUGACUCCAAGGCACUGCUUUCAGUGUGACCACUUCUUAUCAUCCCCUUCUUGGCAGAUACUUAUUCAGCUCUGGCCAAACACAAAGCAGAAGCCAGAGGAAAGAGUGAAUGUCCACGACCAUGUCUGCCGGCCUGGAGCUCAUUGGGAUUGUGCUGUGCGUGCUGGGAUGGCUCCUGGCCAUUGUCUCCUGCGCUCUGCCCAUGUGGAGGGUCACGGCCUUCAUCGGAAGCAACAUCGUGACGGCGCAGAUUUACUGGAACGGCCUCUGGAUGAGCUGUGUGGUGCAGAGCACUGGUCAGAUGCAGUGCAAACUCUACGACUCCACGCUGGCGCUUUCCCAAGAUCUCCAAGCAGCCCGUGCCCUCACUGUCAUCUCCAUCCUAGUGGUCAUUCUAGCCAUGUUGGUGUCCAUCGCUGGGGCCAAGUGCACCAACUGCAUUGAUGACGAAUCAUCCAAGGCCAAAGUCAUGAUCGUGGCUGGAGUUCUCUUCCUUGUGGCUGGCUUCAUGCAGUUGAUUCCUGUCUCCUGGUCAGCUAAUACAAUCAUCAGGGAUUUCUACAAUCCCUUAAUGGCCACCCCGCAGAAGUGGGAGCUAGGGGCUUCACUUUACAUCGGCUGGGCCGCCACGGCUCUCCUGCUAAUGGGAGGAUCGCUGCUAUGUUGCUCUUGCCCUCCAUCCAGGAUGACUUAUUCAGCUUCCCACUCUGCAGCUGCUGGUGGGUACGACAGGAGAGACUAUGUGUGAGUUGGGAAAAGGAAACAAACUGUGUCAUGUACUGUUACAUGUUUGAGACAAGGGUACAAAUGUGCCUUCUCAGACUCUGUUAUGAAGGAGAAAACUGCUAUUUGAUUUGCUGAGCUCUGAAAAGAAUGUCUCAUUGUGAAACUGUAAAAAAAACCCAACAACAACAACAACAACAAAAAAAACAGUUUAAAUAUGAUGGCACUGGAAGAGAAAGGCAUUUCACUGUGGACUAGGAAAUUUUUUUAAUGAAAUGUUUUCAUGCGUUCUGCUAUUUUAUGCAUUUUUUUAAAGGAAUCCAAAGAGUAAUCAGUAUUUUAAUAUAAUUUGUAAUUUUUAGAUUGCUUUAGCAUUCAGAAGUAAAGCAGAAAUCCAGCGUAAACAGUUAUGAAUACUUCUGUACAUUGAAGCUGGCCUUAUAAAAGGGACCUUGUGGUGCAGAAGUAUGGGAAGAAGGCCAGGAGGUACAAAGUGAACAACUCAUUGUGGGCAGUCAAGCAGAGAAGAACAUUUGUAUCAAGCUGUACCUACACUGAAAAACUGCCAUAUGCAUGACACUUUUUUUCUUCACUUUUUGAUUAAACAGACUGAAGAUUUUUUUUAUUGUAUAUAUCAAGUUUUAAUGUAAUGUCAUGAGUGUAAUGAUAACAAUAAAUAUAAAUUUUGUUAGU